UGUAUCCAAACCACCUCUUUGGUACUGUUCAAAGCUCCCAAAUUAAGCAGAAACUCCAGCCCCUCAAGACAGAAUCAGAGAACGGAAUGAACACAGAAAGGGUGACUAAAGUCAUCUGCCAAAUGGUCCCAAAGGCAGAAAAGCAGUAUUCAACACCACAGCCUAAUUGUAAAGAAAAGCCUACCCAGGUGGAGCCCCAGCAGGCCAGUGUCAGCACCGCAAAGGAGACCGCCUAUAGCUCGUCUUCCUCAGAUGGGGCUUUGGCUCCUGAACAGGCUAAGCGAAAGUUGACAUCUAUGGGUGCAUUGGACCAGAUGAUGAUGAAGAAGAAGGUGGAUUUCAAGCUGGACCAUAUGAUGAAGAAGGUGGAUUUCAAGCUGGACCAGACCUCCCUGGAGCACAAAUUGACGAGGGCCUGCUCAGUGCUGCUGGUGAACCUGCUUUUGGUGCCUGGAGACAAGAACUCUGGAGGGAAGAAGGCUAAUGGGAGCAACUGUCACAACAGCAAGAGGUUCCCCAUGCCCAAGGACCUCAAAACCCACCAGGGCCUCCACACAGGCCGGCGCCUGUGCUGCUUCACUCAGUGUGGGAACGGGGUCUGGCGGCUUCAAAGCGUCCUCUCUCCGAUCCGCUCUUACGGCUGCAAGAUCUGCGGGAAGAGGUUCAAACGCAGGAAGAUCUUGAGGAGGCACGAGCGCUUCCACAACGGGGAGAAGCCCUAUUCAUGCUACCAGUGCUCAAAGAUGUUCGCCCUGCGGAAAAGCCUCCGCAGGCAUGAGAGGUUCCACACGGGGGACAAGCCUCACAGCUGCCUCCAGUGUGGGAAAAGCUUCCGGCUUAGGGACAAUCUGAAGGCUCACCUGCGCUUUCACACAGGUGAGAGACCUUUCACCUGCUCCUUCUGCUCCAAGAGCUUCAGAAUCCUCAGGAACCUUGAGGAACACAGCGUUGAUCACUUGGGAGUGACAGCGAAGUAGCUCACUUUCCGACAAAGAGAGCUGUGCCUACGCAUUAGCACCUAGCAGCCUUUAUCGGCUGGUUGUGUUAGCCGCAUUACAAAGCUUAUCUACCUCUAACUGAAACUACUAAAUGUCCAUUCCUCAUUUAUAACCUAUCGUUCAGCAUUUGUUGUUUUUGAAAGAUACUAUGAUUGUAAAUAACCAUUAUGACGGAAGAUGGGGACAGUGGAAAGAUCUGAAAUGAGGCAGUCAACCAUCCUGCGUAAGUUUGGAUUGUCCAGAAUGAUCAUCUGAGUAAAGCUUUAGUGGACACUGAUGUUAUUAAUAGCCAUAAUGUUUUUCCAGACAUCGAUAAUGCCUAGUCCUAAACCAAAAAGUUAUUUCAAUGGAGAUUUUCUAUUGAGCAUGCUGGACUAGGCUUAAUCUGGGUCUGGAAACUGGCCCUAGGUCUUUACACUGUAUUUCGUUGGCCAAAACACAAGGGACAUGGAACUGUUGCAUGUCUCUUUGAAGAAUACAGAGUGUUGUACAUUGGCCAGGGCUGAGAUUAGUUUGAGGUCUUUCUCAGACAGCAAUCUGUUUUCAUGAUACAUCUUUUCACUUUGUAGUAAAUACAAACAGAUUGUUCCUUUGUGUAUUUUGGUUUGUAAGUAGUUCUAAAGGUAGGCUUAAAUUUGCAUGUUUGUUUUAUACUUUUAUCUUGAACCAUUAUGCCAAAUACUAUAGUAAUGCAGCAACUGCCUCUCCUCUUUGUUCAUAGUGCUGUUUUUGUCAGGAGAACACCCUCCUUACUUUUUCCUGUGUAGAUGUCAGGGAAGUUUAUCUAAAGACACAUGACUUAGUUUAAAAAUUAAAAUAAUGGGAAGUAUGAUGCAGCCUUUAAUUUUGCAAAUACACAUUUGAAUGUUAUCUGUAGAGAGAAGUUAUUUCAUAUAUCAUUUUUGAUUGAAGCUGAUUUCUAUGGCUUGUGAUUUGCUGAAGAUGUUACAAAUAUGACUACAUGGCUUUUAUGUUUAAUACAAAAUUGUUUUAACCCUUAACACUUAUCUGUGUUCCAAUUAAAAAUAUAUUAUUUUGGCCAAGAACCUGAUGGUCACUCUGACAGA